AUGACGGCUGCGAGACGGAGUAAUGAGCGCAGGUGGUCCACACCCCUUGCCAAACAACUUGCCCAGGCUAUACAGAUGACUGGACCUGUGCCCUUGGCGAGUUACAUGCGCAUGUGCCUUACUGGUGAUGUUGGUGGCUACUACACUGGAGCCAUUGAGCAGGGCAGAGACCAGUUUGGUCUCAAGGGUGACUUUGUCACGUCUCCAGAGAUCUCUCAGGUCUUUGGCGAGCUCAUUGGAAUCUGGUUCGUGGCCGAGUGGAUGAGCCAGGGCCGGCCAAAGACUGGGGUCGAGCUCAUAGAGGUUGGUCCCGGAAGAGGGACGCUCAUGGACGACAUGCUCCGUACAAUAUCUAACUUCAAAGACCUGGCAAACGCCAUCGAUGCCAUCUACAUGGUCGAAGCUAGCUCUGAGCUUAGGAUUGCCCAGAAAACCCUCCUCUGUGGUGAAGACGCGCACAUGAGCGAGUCCAAAGUCGGCUGGCAUAGCAUCUCAAAGUAUGGGGGUUUCCCUAUUGUGUGGACUCAGACCAUAAGGUCCAUCCCUCAAGGCCAUGACAAGAUGCCCUUCAUAGUAGCGCACGAGUUCUUUGAUGCUUUACCAAUCCACGCCUUCCAGGUCGUGAACGUCCCUCCGCCUCCUAAGUCCAACGCCGCCCCCUCUACCUCCUCGACACAAACAUCACAAGACACAGACAAGCCGACUCUACAAUGGCGCGAAAUGGUCGUCUCACCCACACCCCCAGGGUCGACUCACACCAGCCUAGGCACACCAGCGUCGCAAUCCCGCGAUACACCCGUCCCAGACUUCCAGCUGACCCUCUCGCCCACCGCGACCCGUCACUCCCGCUACCUACCAGAGUCCAGCCCACGCUAUCGCGCCCUCAAGUCUCUGCCCGGUGCACUCAUCGAGAUCUGCCCAGACCUCUCCCUCUACGCGACCGACUUCGCAGCACGCAUAGGCGGAUCGGCGCAGCACCCAAAACAGAAACCUUCCGGCGCUGCUCUCAUCCUCGACUACGGCCCGGGCGACGGGUCCAUCCCCGUCAACUCCCUGCGGGGCAUCAGCCGGCACCGGCGUGUAAGCCCCUUCGCGGAGCCGGGCCUGACGGACCUGAGUGCCGAUGUCGACUUUGCCGCCAUCGCCGAGGCGGCGCUGCAGGCCAGCGAGGGCGUGGAGGUCCACGGACCGGUGGAUCAGGGGUUGUUCCUCGAGAGCAUGGGCAUCAGAGAGAGGGCCGAGGUGCUGCUGAGAAGGUUAAGGCAGAAGGGCAUCGCAGGAGGGCAGGAGGAGGACAGGGCGAGAGAUGUGGACAAGGCGUGGAAGAGGUUGGUGGACAAGGGCCCGGGAGGUAUGGGCAAGGUGUACAAGGCCUUGGCAAUUCUGCCCGAGAACGAUGGGCAGAGGAGACCUGUCGGGUUCGGGGGUGAUGUCGGCACUUGA